AGUCACUUUGCUGCUAACUUCAAUUUUUGAGAACUGUGCUGGUCGAAAUGUUCGAGCCGAAACAUGGGAUCUGGGCUUUUUUUCAAGAGGAGUUUCCAAAUGGCCAGGGAGCCAAAAGAAGAAAGCACGUGCUGAGAGUGUUCUUGGCGCUUUCUGUGUUCCUCUUCCUGGCCUUAGUUCAAUGGAUGAUAGUUUUGCUGGCCCUGCGGGACUGGAGUCUGUCCUGGUUCAAGGAGAAUAUCGUGGCCGUGGUCCUGGUUUAUGUAUUUGGUGUCUUUCUGCUGCUGCUCUUCGCCCUCAGCCAGCACCUGAGGCAGCUGUGCUUCUUCAACUGGCUGCUGGUGGGGAUUAUAGUGGAGUGUUGUAUUCUAUCCCUAAGUACCCUGGUCGCCAACUCUGGAACCAUAAAAUUCUUAUUCGGCCUGCUGUUAGUGAGUCUGAUCUGCAUAAUAGCAGCCAUAGUGGCCGCCUUUCUUCCAUGGGACAUGACCGAGAACGUCCUCUACCUAUACGUCCUCUCCACCGUCGCCUACAUGACGAGCCUGUACUCGAUUGUGAUUUAUUCCGUCCUCGAGGCGACUUGGGCCUUCUACAUAUUCGCGGGUCUCAUUGCAGUCGUGGUGCUGCUCGUAAGGACCUGCCGCACUCGGCAUUUCCAUAUUCCUGCCAUAACCACUCUCACAAAUCACUUGCAGUUCCUCAUGUAUCAUGUGCAGUGCAUAAUGGGCGGCGGGGCGGCCAAAACAGAGCUGGCCGAUGACAAGUACGCCGCCCUGCUGCUGUUUCACGAGUUCAUGGCCCUAUUAGUGCUGACCCUGUACUGGCGACCCAUAAUGCAGCGCCUCCAGUCGAAACAAUAAACCGAAGCCAGGUCCUAUGACAUCCCUUUGUCCCUCAGGCACUUGUCCGGGCUCCUCCCCGUCCACUCGACACGCCUGCGACAGCCACCGGGUCCCAGCAAGUGCAGCAUUAUGUGAUCCCGGCACUCGAUCCGCCCGUCACCGUUGCAAUCAAAGGCAUAUCGCUGCACAUAGCCCUCGACAAUCCUUUCGGCACAGCUGUCCUGCACGACGCAUCGCUCGUAGUCUGAAAUGGGAAAUGGGCGAGUCAAUGGGUUAAAGGAUGGUCAUUACACGCCGGUGGCAGUCUGCCAAGAGGGAGCGCACUGAGCGAAAAAGUGCGUGUUCAAUGGGAGGGGAAAUAAAAGUUUCAGCAUCUGAA